AUGAGAGGUGUACCAAACUACCACCAUUCUUACACCUUCUUCUUCUUUAUGUUAACUCUGUUUCCUUCGUUCUCUAUCUCUGCAAACUCUUUGUCGGCUACAGAAUCUCUAACAAUCUCAAGCAACCAAACCAUUUUAUCUCCUGAUAAUAUCUUCGAGCUUGGUUUCUUCAAACCUUCUUCAAAAUCUCGUUGGUAUCUCGGGAUUUGGUACAAGACAAUCCCUAAGAGAACCUAUGUAUGGGUUGCAAACAGAGACUCUCCUCUCUCUAACCCCAUAGGAACUCUCAAAAUCUCCGACAACAACCUCGUCAUUUUCGACCAAUCUGAUAAACCAGUUUGGUCGACGAAUCUAACCAGAGGAGACGUGAGAUAUCCGGUGGUAGCAGAGCUUCUUGAUAACGGUAACUUCGUGCUCAGAGACUCUAACAACAACAAUCCAAAUGUAUUUUUGUGGCAGAGUUUCGAUUUUCCGACAGAUACUUUGCUACCGGAGAUGAAACUAGGAUGGGAUCUCAAAACCGGAUUCAACAGAUUCUUGAGUUCUUGGAGUAGCCCUGAUGAUCCGUCAAGUGGCGAUUUCUCGUUCAAACUCGAAACCAGAGGAUUCCCUGAGGUUUUCCUAUGGAACAGAGAGUCACGAGUGUACCGGAGCGGUCCAUGGAACGGAAUCCGGUUUAGUGGCGUACCGGAAAUGAGACCAUUUGAUUACAUGGUUUUCAAUUUCACAACGAGUAAUCAAGAAGUGACUUACUCAUACCGCAUCAUCGAAACCAACAUUUACUCGAGAUUAAGCCUAAGCUCUAAAGGAUCACUAGAAAGAUUCACAUGGAUUGAGUCAGCUCAGGAUUGGAACCAAUUCUGGUUCGCACCAAAAGACCAAUGUGAUGACUACAACGAAUGUGGGGUUUACGGUUAUUGCGACUCGAACACUUCACCGGUUUGUAAUUGUAUUACAGGGUUUAAACCGAGGAAUGAGCAAGCGUGGGGGUUAAGAGAUGGUUCUGAUGGUUGCGUGAGGAAGACGCAGCUGAGCUGCGACGGUCGAGAUGGGUUUGUGAGGUUGACGAAGAUGAAAUUGCCCGAUACUACGGGGGCUAUUGUGGAUAGGGGACUUGGUUUGAAAGAAUGUGAAGACAAGUGUGUAAAGGAUUGUAAUUGUACCGCGUAUGCGAAUACGGAUAUUCGAAAUGGCGGGUCGGGUUGUGUGAUUUGGACCGGAGAGAUUUUGGAUAUCCGGAACUAUGCUAAAGGAGGUCAAGAUCUUUACGUUAGAUUGGCUGCUACUGAUCUCGAGGACAAGAGAAACAGAAGUGCAAAAAUCAUAGGGUCGAGUAUUGGAGUGAGCAUUUUUCUUAUUUUAAUUUUCACCAUCUUCUUCUUUUGGAGAAGGAAGCAGAAGCGAUCAAUAGCAAUUGAAACACCUAUUGUUGAUCAAGUAAGAAGCCAUGAUUUAUUAAUGAACGAAGUGGUAAUAUCAAGUAGGAGACACAUAUCUAGAGAUUACAAUACAGAGGAUCUAGAGCUUCCAUUGAUGGACUUUGAAGCUGUUGCCAUUGCUACUAACAAUUUUUCUAACGCCAACAAACUCGGCCAAGGUGGUUUCGGUAUAGUUUACAAGGGACGGUUACUUGACGGGCAAGAAAUCGCGGUCAAGAGAUUAUCGAAAACGUCACUUCAAGGGAUUGAUGAGUUCAAGAACGAGGUUAAACUGAUCGCUAGGCUUCAGCACAUAAACCUUGUUCAGCUUCUUGGUUGUUGCGUCGAUGAGGGCGAAAAAAUGUUGAUCUAUGAGUACUUGGAGAAUUUAAGCCUCAAUUCUCAUCUCUUUGACAAAACUCGAAGUCGCAACCUAAAUUGGCAAAUGAGAUUUGGUAUUAUUAAUGGUAUUGCUCGAGGACUUUUAUAUCUUCACCAAGAUUCGCGGUUUAGGAUUAUCCAUAGAGACUUGAAAGCAAGUAACAUAUUGCUUGAUAAAGAUAUGACUCCAAAGAUCUCGGAUUUCGGGAUGGCUAGGAUCUUUGGAAGGGACGAGACGGAGGCUAAUACGAGGAAGGUGGUCGGAACUUACGGCUACAUCUCUCCUGAAUAUGCUAUGGAUGGGAUAUUCUCGAUGAAGUCGGAUGUUUUCAGCUUUGGGGUCUUGCUUCUUGAGAUUAUAAGUGGCAAGAGGAAUACGGGAUUCUACAACUUGGAUCGUGACCUUAAUCUUCUCGGUUGUGUGUGGAGGUAUUGGAAAAAAGGAAAAGGGCUAGAUAUCGUAGAUCCAAUCAUCAUAGAUUCUUCACCAUCAAACUUCCGGCCACAUGAAGCCUUAAGAUGCAUACAAAUUGGUCUCUUGUGUGUUCAAGAACGUGCAGAAGACAGACCAACAAUGUCCUCGGUGAUGCUGAUGCUUGGAAGCGAGACAACGCCUAUUCGUCAGCCUAAAGCGCCCGGUUAUUGCGUUGGGAGAAGUCCUUUUGACACUGAUUCGUCUUCGAGUAAACAGCGCAACGAUGAAUCAGUGAACCAAAUCACUGUCUCGAUUAUUGACCCUCGGUAA